AUGAGGAGUUCACUUCCUCAGCCCAACAGUGGAAGAAGAUCCACGACUAAUCGUCGAUGGUCACUUCCCUCAGCUUCCCCCAACCCUUCUUAUAACUCUCGCUCCGCUCACUCUUCUCGGCCCCUCAGCCACCAGCCUACUCAAAGCCACCACCGCUCCAAUUUCCCGCCAAAUCACAGGCCCGAUCGGGCCCAACCGACUCGUAUUAAGCCCAAUUUCAUCGUCCAGCUCGUUCACCCAAGAACCGCCGCCGCCAACACCAACACCAACACCAAUCCCUCUUUUUCCGUUAGAAAGCAAGCGAUCAUCACACUCGCUUCUCUCUGCGGAAUCCCCGAGGAGUCCGUACACGUCCCCCAGCUCGGCUCCGUCGCCGGGAGCUUCGGUUUCCGCCAAUGGACCAACGCGCUCUCCGCCGUCGUGUCUCUCUGGGACCAUCGCCUCCGAGGGAAGCACGAUUUCGUCCCCGAGCUGGUUCCCAACGUCGUCGUCCCGUCCGACGUGGACGAGCUUAGAGACAGGCUCCGCGAUCUCUUCUCGUCUCACGUUCUCUCCCUUGUGGAAAACGGAGAGAGCGUGAAGAAGGUGAGACGCGAGAUUGAUGAGAAGUCUCGUCGAGCUGAGUCCUUUGAUUCCAAAAGGGGUAUUAGGUUAGAGGUGUUUGAGAUGAAGAAGGCUUUGGAGGCGGAGAGGGAUUUGGUUGUCAAGCGGCUUGAAGAAUUCAAGAACGCUAUGAUGUGGAUUGUGCGGUUUCUCAAAAGAAGUGAUGAUGGAUUAGAAGUUGAUGACGUGGACGUGUUUAGUUUAGAAGGGGACUAUGAUUGGCCACGUGUUCAUAGUUUAAUCCGUAGGGAGUGUCGAAGGCUUGAUGAUGGGCUGCCUAUCUAUGCUUACCGGCGGAAUAUUUUGAAGAAAGUUUAUGGCCAACAGGUAACGGUAUUGAUUGGAGAAACUGGUUCAGGGAAGAGCACUCAGUUAGUUCAGUUUCUUGCUGACUCCGGAGUUGCGUCCAGUGAGUCUAUCGUUUGUACACAGCCAAGGAAAAUCGCUGCAUUGACAUUGGCUGAUCGAGUCAGAGAAGAAAGCAAUGGUUGUUAUGAGGAAGAUUCUGUCCGAGCUUUCUCUUCUGCGGAGAAGUUUAGUUCCAAAGUUGUUUUCAUGACGGAUAACUGUCUGCUUCAACACUACAUCAAAGAUCGGAGUUUGCCUGGCGUUUCGUGCGUUAUUAUUGACGAAGCACAUGAAAGAAGCUUAAACACGGACCUGGUUUUGGCGUUGCUCAAAGAUCUGCUGUGCAAAAGAGUUGACUUAAGGCUUGUCAUCAUGUCCGCCACGGCCGAUGCUUACCAGCUUUCAGAGUAUUUCUUUGGCUGUGAGAUUCUCCGUGUCGCGGGAAGGAACUUUCCGGUGGAGAUUAUAUAUACACCUGGUAGUGACACGGAAGGGACUUCUGUUGUUGGCCGCGUUGCUCCAUAUGCUGAUGAUGUUGUAAAGAAGGCGAUGGAAGUGCAUAGAACAGAGAGAGAUGGAACCAUCCUUGCAUUCUUGACUUCCCAAGCAGAGGUAGAGUGGGCAUGCGAAAGGUUUAUAGCUCCAUCUGCUGUCGCUUUGCCUUUGCAUGGAAAGCUAUCUUUUGAAGAACAGUUUAGGGUUUUCCAGAGCCAUCAUGGGAGACGGAAAGUGAUAUUUGCCACAAAUAUUGCGGAGACCUCUCUAACUAUUCCUGGCGUCAAGUAUGUGAUUGAUUCCGGGAUGGUGAAAGAGAGCAAAUACGAGGCUAGAACGGGUAUGAGCAUCCUCAAGGUUUGCAGAGUCAGUAAAAGUUCAGCUCAGCAACGCGCUGGUCGUGCUGGGAGGACAGAAGCUGGGAGAUGUUACAGACUCUACUCAAAACACGAGUUUACUUCCAUGAGUCUUAAUCAGGAGCCUGAGAUUCGGAGGGUUCAUCUCGGUGUAGCGAUUUUGAGGAUUCUUGCUCUGGGUGUAGACAACAUAGCGGAUUUUGAUUUUAUCGACGCGCCUGACCCUGAAGCCGUCGUGAUGGCUGUCAAAAACCUUGUUCAGUUGGGUGCAGUCGUUGAGAAGAAUGGUGUUCUUGAGUUAACGCAGGAAGGACAUUGUUUAGUCAAGCUGGGUCUGGAGCCAAAGCUUGGUAAGUUGAUUUUGGGAUGCUUCAGACACAGAAUGGGCAAAGAGGGGAUUGUUCUUGCUGCUGUCAUGGCCAAUGCUAGUAGUAUAUUUUGCAGAGUUGGUAACCUUGAUGAUAAGAUGAAAGCUGAUUGCCUAAAGGUGAAGUUCUGCAACAAUAAUGGAGACCUCUUCACUCUUCUUUCGGUGUACAAAGAAUGGGCAUCUCUGCCGCGAGAGAGAAGAAACAAAUGGUGCUGGGAAAAUAGCCUGAACGCCAAAUCAAUGAGGAGAUGCGAAGACACAGUCAAGGAGCUGGAGAUAUGCAUUGAGAGAGAACUUUCUCUCGUCAGUCCAACCUACUGGGUUUGGAACUCAACCGAGGGUAAUGAUAAACACGAGAAGCAUCUGAAAAUGGUUAUACUUGCGUCUCUUGCCGAGAACGUGGCGAUGUACACUGGCUAUGAUCAGCUCGGGUACGAGGUAGCGUUGACUGGGCAACAAGUCCAGUUGCAUCCGUCGUGUUCGUUGCUAGCGUUUGGCCAGAAGCCAAACUGGGUUGUUUUCGGUGAGCUUCUGUCAGCUGUCGACCAGUACUUGGUAUGUGUAACCGCGUUUGAUUUCGAGGCUUUGUCUAUGCUUGAUCCACCUCCACCUUUUGAUGCAUCUCAUAUGGAUGAGUGGAGGCUCAGAGUGAAAAAGGUGGCUGGUUGUAGCAGCACUCUGCUGAAACGAUUCUGUGGGAAAUCUAACCGUAGUCUGCUUUCGAUUGUCUCUCGCGCUAGGCCUCUUUGUGAGGAUGAGAGGAUUAAUAUUCAAGUUGAUGUAGAUCAGAACGAGAUUCUACUGUAUGCGCCUCCCCACGACAUGGACAAAGUGUUGUCCCUAGUGAACGAUGCAUUGGAAUGCGAAAAGAAGUUGAUGCGUAACGAAUGUUUUGAGAAGUAUAUAUAUCAUGGUCGAGGAGAAGUACCCCUUGCACUGUUCGGAUCCGGCGCUCAGAUAAAGCAUCUUGAAGUUGAUCAGAGAUUCUUGACAGUCGAUGUACUCUAUUACGGCGACAACUCUCUUGAUGACAGAGAGAUUCUGACGUUCCUGGAGAAGGAGAUCGAUGGAUGUAUCUGCUCCAUUCAUAAGUUUGCUGGUAACAAGCAAGACUGUGAUGAGAAGGAGAAGUGGGGUAGGGUUACCUUUCGGACUCCGGAGUCUGCUAUGAAGGCAACAGAGAUUCAAAAGUUUGAUCUCAACGGAUCAGUGAUUAAACUAUUUCCAUCGCUGUCAGCUGGUGGUGAAGGAGUUUUCAAGAUGCCUUCUGUUACAGCUAUGAUUCGUUGGCCGCAAAGGGAAAGUUGUGGUAAAGGUGUUCUUAAGUGUGCUUCUGGUGAUAUUCACAGUAUCUUUGCUGGGUCAUCCGGCAUCAUGAUAGGAACAAAAUAUUGCCCCUUUGAGACGGAUCAAAGACACACUGAUUCUAUUUUGAUUACUGGUAUUGACACAAAUCUUUCGGAUGCUGAAGUUUUAGAUGUUUUGGAGUUCGCUACGCAGAGAACAGAUUUGGAAUUUUUCUUAUUCAGAAGAGGAAAUAUUGUGCAUUGUCAAGAUCUUACUGUUUGUAAAGAUAUGCUGCAUAAGAGAAUAUUUGCGCGCUUGUCAUCGAGGAAUCCAGACCCAAAGUGUGUUGAAGUCAAAGUCUUUGAACCAAAAGAAGCUAAUUUUGUGCGAGCGUUGAUUACUUUUGAUGGGAGAUUACAUCUGGAAGCUGCAAAAGCUUUGCAGGAGUUAGAUGGAACUAUUCUAGAUGGAUGCUAUCCAUGGCAGAAGAUAAAAUGCGAGCAAAAGUUUCAGAGCUCCAUAAUCUGUCCUGCUUUUAUCUACAACAUAGUCAGAAGACAAUUAUAUGCUAAGCUAGCAAGCUUCAAGAGACAAAGAAAAUGUGAAUGGCAUCUGGAGGCAAUUCAUAGUGGUGCUUAUCGUGUUAAAAUCUCCGCAAAUGCAACAAGACGCAUCUCGGAGAUGCGGAGAUCUCUCGAAGAACUCAUAAGAGGAAGACCCAUAAUAAACCAUCCAGGCUUAACCCCAAGGGUCUUGCAGCAUCUUUUGUCCAGAGAAGGUGUUAUCCUGAUGCGGAAGAUCCAACAGGAGACUGAAACUUGCAUUGUGGUAGACAGGCAGAGUCUCGCAGUACGCAUUUGUGGAUCAGAAGAGAGAACCGCUGCGGCUGAACAAGAGCUGGUUCGGUCGCUUCUGGCUUAUCACGAGAGCAAGCAGCUUGAAAUCCGCCUCCGAGGUCCGAAUCUCCGUCCUGAUCUCAUGAAGGAAGUUGUGAAUCGGUUUGGUCCAGAGCUCCAAGGUAUUAAAGAGAAGGUGAAUGGUGUGGAUCUCAAGCUCAACACUCGGUACCAUGUUAUUCAUGUUCAUGGGAGCGUGGAGAUGAGGCAGGAAGUAGAGAAGAUGGUCUAUGAACUUGCACGGGAAGAAGGUAGUGCACUGGGCGGUACUAAACCAGAUGAGAUUGAAGUUGAAUGCCCUAUUUGCUUGUCUGAGGUUGAGGAUGGCUACUCUCUCGAAGGAUGUUCACACCUCUUCUGCAAAGCUUGUUUGUUGGAACAGCUCGAGGCGUCGAUGAGAAACUUUGACGCAUUUCCCAUAAUCUGUUCUCACAUCGACUGUGGAGCUCCUAUAGUACUUGCUGAUAUGAGAGCCCUCUUAUCACAAGAGAAGCUCGACGAACUCUUCAGAGCAUCCCUCUCCUCUUUUGUAACAACCAGCGAUGGUGAGUUCCGGUUCUGCUCCACACCUGACUGCCCUUCCAUCUACCGCGUUGCCGGUCCUCUAGAUUCAGGGGAGCCAUUUUUCUGCGGAGCGUGUAACUCACAGACGUGCACGAGGUGCCACCUGGAGUAUCACCCGUACAUCACUUGCGAAAGGUACAAACUGUUCAAGGAGGAUCCUGACAUGUCGUUGAAGGACUGGGCGAAAGGGAAGAACGUGAAGGAGUGUCCGUGUUGCAAGUCGACGAUAGAGAAAUCUGAAGGGUGUAACCAUCUGCUGUGCCGGUGUGGGAAUCACAUUUGCUGGGUCUGCUUAAGGUGGUUCGCUCAACAAGAACCUUGUUAUGAACAUUUGAGAGGAGUCCAUGGUGGGAUAGGCCUCUUCGAUGAGCUAGGCAUGCCCAUGCUUUGAAGUACCUCUCCAAAACAAUGUACAAAUUUGUUUUAAGUAGAGGUCCAUGUAUAUCUAUAUUGUGUAACAUUAUCUGGUUUGGUUCAUAUGUAAUUAUGUCGAGAGAUUGGUUCAGUAGUAUACCUUCUUUAACCAAUACAAACCGAAAACUCAUAAA